CACUCCACUCGCAAGUAUCGCGGACGCGCAAACGACCAUGCGAAAAUAUUGCAAUUACAAAUCUGGAACUUUUUACACCAACGGUUAAAUCAACCGGCAAUCAGCAGAAACAGAAAACAGAAAACAAAAUUCAACGUUAAAAUUCAGUUUAAAAUUUUUUUGGAAAAUUUUCACAUCUUUUUGGCAACGCAAAAAAUAACGUAUAAAAACACGGAGUCCGCGCAUACAACGUCUUCACACACUUUUUGGAUUAACAUCAGCAAUAGAGCCGGCAACCAGCAACUUUAUCAACCCCUCCCUACCAUCGAAACGUCAUCCAGAGAUCAAAAUCUAACAACAAUAGAAUCGAAUUGAAAUUACAGUCGACAAAUCCAAAAAAAAAAAAAAUAAAGAAAAAGAAAAUAGAAACCUUGUUAUAAGUGGUUUAAAGAUUUAAGCAAACAUUUGCCAGUUUUUGUUUAAGUUUUUUCUUUAUCUGCUGCCUUGAAUAAUAAAACGGUAAUAGCGGUAAAUUUUCAAUAAUCUAUUAUUCUAAUAUGGUUAAGUGCACCAGUGAGAGGAUCACAAGCAAACAACGCUUCUAAUUAUAAUAAAUACAUACAUAUAUAAUACUAAUACGCAGUCAUAGGCUAAAACUUGAUUGAUAAUAAUACCUACCUAAUACGUAAUCAACUGAUAUCCGACGGAUAAAGUAUCUAUGGGCGAGCGUGUCAAACUGUAAAAGCACGCGAAAAUGCAGCGACAUGUCUGGAAAUGCAUUAAAAUUAAAUACAAAAUCUAUAAAUUUCUAACAAGUGAAGCAAACACAACCUGAACAAAACGAGAAACGAGUAACGAGAAACGAGAAUAUUGAAUGAAGACAACGAAAACGAAAACCAAAAACGACUAAAACGAAAGAAAAGUGCUUAUUAUAUUGAAUACUAUUCCGUGCCAAGUGGAAAUUAUGAUCAUCAAGUGAAGCUCAAACAGCAAAAUACUCGUACAAGAAAACAAUCGAAGUUAUAUAAUUAUCUAUUCAGUGAGAGAGCAAACACACACACAGAGAAGUGGAGACUGCGUUUACACACACACACACACACACAAAACACACACUUACAUUCGAGAAACUGCAUUUGCAAUUCAACUUUCGGAUUGGAUUGUACCAGGGAUUGGAUCAGUGCCAGUCUUCAGUCAACCACCCCAAAACGCAGUCAGCAGCAGAAACGGCCGCAAAUUGCAAAAACAAAAUUCAAUUUCCAAUCAAAAUUAACACAAUUUAACGCAAAAUUGUAAUUUAAUGUCAAUGUGCCUCCUCCUCCUACUCCUCCGCCAUAUCAUAUAAAGCUUUAAGCAAAGCUCCCGAGCACGCUUUACGUAACGCGCGAUUCGCGAUCGAAUGCAGUCGGGGAAAGUGCAGCUCGAAAGCUUUUGAAACGGCUCGCCACGGCUCUGGACCAACUGCAGGCCCCCAAGGCUCCCCGCCCAACCAAGGGGUACACGCCCCACACGAAACGAGGGAGAGCAACGCACUGCUGAAAUCUCUGAGCUGAAGAGAGGAGAGAAGAACUGCAGCCGAUCGCAGAACGGGAAACGAUCGCGAGUGCAGAGAGCUCGUAACUUGUUCUCCGGCCGCCGAAGCUUCGUCGUGCACUUCCUGCGCCCGAGCUGCAACGGAGGCGAUCUUCGAUCUGUGGACUGAGAGCCGCCGCAGCAGCAGCCCUCAGCAACAAGAGAGUCGCGUCGGCGAAUGCAACGCUGAUUGCAAUUACUGCAGGCAGUCAGGCAGGCAGGCGAGAAGGAACGACUGCAUUCUUUGGCGAAAAGUGAAAGAGAGAGAGAGAGGGAACGGCGAACGACGAGUGCGGUGACUGAUCAUUGUCGUCAUCAGCCUCAUAAUCAUCAUCAGUCUUGCCGUCGUACUGGCGCUCUACUGUACUGCAGAGCAGCAGCACCUCAACGCUGCACACUGCAUCACUCUCACUCUCCCGGCGAUCACAGAUCGCGCAACGUGUCGGAAAAGCGCGAAAGUUGUGUUGUGAAAAUAUCGUCGAAACGAAACACGUUCUAGAUAUUGUAAUUAUAAGUGCACCGAAGUGAGCAAAAACCAGUGAAGUUCUUUGAGUAGUGCAAAAAAGAAACAACAACAAACAGAAACAGAAGCACACAUUAACUACAUACAUAUAGAAAUUCCCAUAAAUAUAGCUUAGCACAUUUUCGGAUUAAAUAUCUACCACACACCUACAGCGCCAAUUGGAUACUCUACACAUUUGGAUACAGCCAGCCAGCAGAGACACCUCCACUCGACUCUCGACGCAACACCAACAAUUCCUUUGAAAAUGGCGGAGGGUAAUGGCGAGCUGUUAGAUGACAUUAAUCAGAAAGCCGAUGACCGUGGCGAUGGCGAACGUACAGAGGACUAUCCGAAGCUCUUGGAGUACGGUUUGGACAAGAAGGUCGCUGGCAAAUUGGAUGAAAUUUACAAAACCGGCAAACUCGCUCACGCCGAGCUGGAUGAGCGCGCCCUGGACGCGCUCAAGGAGUUUCCCGUCGAAGGUGCCUUGAAUGUGCUGGGUCAGUUCCUCGAAUCGAACCUGGAGCAUGUGUCGAAUAAGUCCGCCUACCUGUGUGGCGUGAUGAAGACAUACCGCCAAAAGAGUCGGGCUAGCCAACAGGGCGUGCCCGCGCCCGCCACUGCCGUACAGGUGAAAGGUCCCGAUGAGGACAAGAUCAAGAAGAUUCUCGAGCGCACCGGCUACACAUUAGACGUGACGACAGGUCAACGAAAAUAUGGCGGACCGCCACCGGACUGGGAGGGCAACGUGCCCGGCAAUGGAUGCGAGGUGUUCUGCGGCAAGAUACCCAAGGACAUGUACGAGGAUGAGCUCAUACCGCUAUUCGAGAACUGCGGCACAAUCUGGGACCUACGCCUUAUGAUGGACCCGAUGACAGGCACAAAUCGUGGUUAUGCAUUUGUCACAUUCACAAACCGCGAUGCGGCCGUCAAUGCAGUGCGCCAGCUCGAUAAUCACGAAAUAAAACCCGGCAAGUGUCUGAAAAUAAAUAUAAGCGUACCGAAUCUGCGCCUUUUCGUAGGCAAUAUACCCAAGUCAAAGGGCAAAGAUGAAAUUUUAGAGGAAUUUGGUAAACUUACAGCUGGCCUUUACGAGGUAAUCAUAUACAGUUCACCAGACGAUAAGAAAAAAAAUCGCGGCUUCUGCUUUCUCGAAUACGAGUCACACAAGGCGGCAUCUUUGGCCAAACGAAGACUUGGCACUGGUAGAAUUAAGGUAUGGGGAUGUGAUAUAAUAGUCGACUGGGCCGAUCCACAGGAGGAGCCAGAUGAGCAAACUAUGUCUAAGGUUAAAGUUCUUUAUGUGCGAAAUCUAACCCAGGACGUCACAGAGGAAAAACUAAAGGAACAAUUUGAGCAAUAUGGCAAAGUAGAACGCGUUAAGAAAAUUAAAGACUAUGCCUUUAUACACUUUGAGGAUCGUGAUAGCGCCGUCGAAGCUAUGCGUGGCCUUAAUGGCAAGGAGAUCGGCGCCUCGAAUAUCGAGGUCUCACUCGCCAAACCGCCUUCAGACAAAAAGAAAAAGGAGGAAAUUCUGCGCGCCCGUGAACGUCGCAUGAUGCAAAUGAUGCAGGCACGUCCCGGCCUUGUGGGAUUUGAAACAUUGUCUCCAUACAGAAAUCUGUCGCCGACACAUCCCAGCAUGAUGUCCUUGACGCCCAUGCGCCUGCCAGGUGCGCGCAUGCCGCUCCGUACGCCGAUACCUCGCGAAUACGAGGUCGAUUACGACUAUUUUGGGUACCCGGAAUACCGUCCUGGCCUGGCCACCAACGAAAUGUAUAUCGACGAUAUCUACCGCACCUACGAAGGUGAUUUCCAUUACUAUAACUUUCCAAAUGCCACCAACGAUGGCAGCAGCAGCGUCGGCGGCGGCGGCGGAGGCGGAGGCACCACCAGUCUCGGCGGCGGCGGCGGAGUCGGAGUCGGAGGCGGAUCCGGAAUGGCUGGGGCCACCUCAAGUGCCGCACAGCAUUCGUCGAGAGCCCAAGCAAAUGGCUCGUCGAACUCGUCGGCCGUUAUGGGGGCUGGUCGUGGGCAUGGAACCACAGUGCAGCGUGGCAAAGCCGUUGGCCGGCGUGGCAGCAUCAGUCGUCAGGGGGCCCAAACAGUGCCACAGGCGGCGGGACAGGCAGCGGCGGCGGCGGCGGUGGGACAGGCGGCGGCGGUAGCUCAGCGGGGGGCCACCGGUCAGGGGGCGCCGGCAGCAACCGGGGGGGUCCGUGGGGUGGCACAAACGCGUCACAACGCUCGUGGCACCCAGCACGUCAAGCCGCUACAAAAUUUACCAGAGAUAAAAAAACACAACCACAAUCAACCAACCAACAAAAAACCAAUCGAAACUAUCAAAACGAAUGAACUCAAAGCUAAAUCUCCCAACAACCUACGUCAAAAGAAAACUGCAAAGACAAUCCAACUACAGCAACAACCCAGCAAGAACUGGAGCCACUCGCAAGACGUACAUGGAGGGCAACUAAGCGUAGCGCCUCGGCCAGCUCCUCGGCCAGCGGCGAGACUCGCCCGCUUGUCAAGAAGCCCAAGAAACGAGAUAGCUCAAACAGUAGGAAAAGCAAGCAUUCACACAAGCAUUCCAAAAAGCGUAGCUCCAAACACAAGAAAUCUCGGUCCGAAAAGAAAUCAAGAAUCUGGUCACCCUAAAUACAAGUAUUCAAGUCUCAUUGCCAAGUAAUGCAGCCAACCCGAACACACAAAACAAACAACCCCAAGAACACACUCUUCUCAACACUUGACACUAGGCAUUUGUAAACAAAAUCUACGUAUUCUUUGUAAUCAUUCAAUUGAAAACGAUACUACCAGAUGAGCAAACGUCGGUUGUGGGGCAUCGUUUUCAAUAAUCAAGAAACCCCGGGACCAAACACACCAGUCAAACAGCUUCAGUUCAGUUCAGAUCAGCUCAGCUCAAGACUCAACCCAAAAAACGGAGCGGCGACAUUGCAAAAUUCCAAAUUUCCCCAACAAUGGACAAGUGAAGAAGAAUCUUAGCUUCAAUCAAGCACACAGACAACCCAGACACAGCGCUCUAUACAGGAAUCGAUCGAACGAAAACGAACGGUCGAUUCCUUGUCACUAACGUUUUGUAAUUAAUGUUUAAUGUUUUUCCGGCUAUAAUAUCGUGUGCUAUGUUUUACACACUGAAAAAACAAAUUCGGAAUAAUUGUAAUUCACACAAGCACACACACACACACCAAUGCAAACACACCAACACACACACACAUGAUAACACCCCUAAUAUCCCACAUCUAAUUCAUUUUGUGUAAGACCAGACCCACGUUAUACGUAUACGUUCUGUAAAUGUAUCAUAUACCAUACCCCAAAAAGGUCCCUAACGUUAUGUCGAAUUAACACCAAUUCAUGAUUUUUGAUGUGUAAAGAAACAACCCCCCCUAUAAUGCAAAUGGGAAAUAUUAAAUGAGCAAUGAUAAAAAAAAA